AAAAUUAGAAAUGUCAAUGUCACUAAUACUUCAUAGUCAAAUAAUACAAUAAUCAAGGAAAUAUUCAGAAAUAUUUGUGUGAUUUCUUAAAUACUUAACGUUUAUGGGACUACUUGUUAUAACCGCUUUAACAUUAUCUAGUAAAUAAUGUAUUUGACUUCAAGAAUUGGUUAUAUUCCUAGAGAAUUAAUUGCUUUACGAAAAAUAUCAGUCACUUCUAUACCAAGAAGUAUAUCGUCAAAUUAUAACAAACCUCUUUUCCGAAGCUAUAACACUGAAACACAUAAUGAAAAGGACCUACAACAAACACGAACCAUUAAAUACUUAUUGUAUUCUGUUCUCCUCGGUGCAGCAGCAUAUACUACCUAUAAAUACUGGAUAAAAUACAAUAUUUUUCCAUCAAUUACUGCUGCAGAAGAAAUUGCAGAGUCUGACUCGGACAGUGAGGUGGAUCAAAAAAAGAAGCGAUAUCGUAAAGAAAAAAUUGGAUUCAGAGACCGCAAGAUUAUUGAAUAUGAAAACCGUAUGAGAUCUUAUUCCACACCUGAUAAAAUAUUUAGAUAUUUUGCUACUGUGAAGUUGACAUUUGGAGAGAAUACAGAAAUUUACAUGACUCCGGAUGAUUUUUUACGGGCCAUCACUCCUGGCAUGAAACAACCUGAUGGUUUGGGCUUAGAUCAAUAUCGCAGAUACGACCCCAAGAACAUUAGUCAACGUCUCAAUUUGGACUUGGACGAAGAUUCAAUAUUUUACAAACUUGGCUCUUCUGGACUCAUCACCUUCAGUGACUACAUCUUUCUCCUAACGGUCUUAUCAACGUCACGAAGACAUUUCGAGAUAGCGUUUCGAAUGUUCGAUCUAAACGGCGACGGUGACGUGGACUGCGAAGAGUUCGAGAAGGUGGCCGCGCUCAUCAGGCAGCAGAGCAGCAUCGGGUCCAGGCACAGGGACCACGCCAACACUGGCAACACCUUCAAGGGCAUCAACUCCGCUCUCACAACUUACUUCUUCGGGCCGAAGUUGAAUCAGAAGUUGACGAUCGAAAAGUUUUUAGACUUCCAACACCAACUGCAAAAAGAAAUACUCUCGCUUGAAUUCCAAAGGAAACAACCAGAUGAAAAUGGGCGCAUCACCGAGGCUGAUUUCGCGGAGCUAUUGUUGGCAUACGCUGGUUACCCUGCCAAGAAAAAGGCGAGGAUGCUGAAACGAGUCAAAAAGACUUUCCGUGACCACGGCAUCGGCAUCACGAAGGAUGACUACCUGAAGUUCUUCCACCUGCUGAACAACAUCAACGACGUGGACACGGCGCUGACGUUCUACCACAUCGCGGGCGCGUCUAUCGACCAGCCCACGCUGCGGCACGUGGCGCGCACCGUCGCGCACGUGGACUUGCACCCGCAUGUCAUCAACGUCGUCUUCACUAUCUUCGAUGAGAACAUGGAUGGUCAACUCAGCAACCGUGAGUUUGUGGCGGUGAUGAAGAACAGACUGCUCCGCGGCCUGGAGAAGCCAAAGGACACAGGUUUUGUUAAACUUAUGCAUUCACUAAUCAAAUGCGCUAGAGACACAAAACCGGCUAUCUUAGAUUUCUAGAUAAAAAUAUAGUAGAUAAAAAUCCUCGACAUGUAAUAUACACUUCUCAGUUAAAAUUUUAGUGGAAUGUUAUUGAAAUUGUUACCAUUGAAGUGUUUUUUAUACUGUAUAUGUUAUAAAACAAUUGGUCUUCGAAUUUCGCAUUUUUUAUAAAAUUGGCUAUGAAUUUACAUUUAGUCUACUAAUGUAAUAAAUAUUAUAGAAUUUUGUUUAGGAUUAAUGUAUAUGGAGUUUGUUUAAGUAGUGGCUUUAUUAAGAAAAUCAAAAGUGAGAUGUUUUUAUUUCUAAUAAUUGUUCGACUAAGCUCUCUGUCUUGCCAUAUAAAGUAUUAAGUUUUACAAUGACAGUUAAUUUAAACUCAUUUCGUAUUUUGUGAUGCUUCAGACCUAAGAAUAGUUAAAACAACUCUAUUGAUACUGAUUUAUUGUUUUUUUAUGUCCGUAAGAGGGCUGUUUCGUUGUGUUACAUAAAAAAAAUUGUCUGUAAAUUUUUUGUCAUUCAAUAUUUUUGUGCAUUAUAGUCAAAUUAAUGAGACUUAUUUUACUUUAUUAAUAGCAAUUUAAGCAAGUAAUUUUAAGCAAUUAAUGAUGUUAUUGAAAAACAUAUUUUGUCACAAUAUCUUUAAGACAAUUUGUUAAUUUUAAAUCAAUUUUUAAUGUUGGAGUAUUAUCUAUUUAAUCCUAUAAAUAAUAUAAGCAAAUAUAUGUAAAAUAUCAAGUCCGAGACGAAGCACAGACGGCAGCUGCAUGUCGCAAACUGCAAGCAAAACUACUAUUUAUAUAUUUAUACAUAUAAUAAAACAAAGUACCCUUUUAUUUGUCUGUAUGUUAUCGAUUUUCUCAAAAUCUACUAAACCGAUUUUUAUUUUCACGCGGGCAAAGCCGCGAGCAAAAGCUAGAAUACACUAUGAACUUCUAUGAUAAUGAUUCCGAGCGACAUUGUACCUGCGGCCCACCGCAGCACCAGUGACAUAGACUACAAGGCAUGAACACUAUCUGUAGAAUCCAUACUAAAAUAAAAGCAACAAAACAUCAAUUUUAUUAAUAUCAUACAAUAUAGCAUUUACACGAGAGUGAGUGAUGAAAAAAUGCUUCAAAGUUUUUAUUUAGUUAAAAAAAAUCAUCAGAUGAAACGUCAAUGUCGAUUAAAUUUGUUAAAAUCAUGUCUCUAAAUGAAAAAUCUUCGAUCUUUACGUGUCACUUUUCGAAAUAUGACAUCAACUUAAUUUAAUUGGAUUGCUAUUGUGACUGACGUAAUGUAAAACUCUCUGGAAAUGCCUAAGACUUGCAAUCUUGGCAUGUGUGGCUUGCAGUCCAUCUCGGAAUGGAAAAGACCCCGACUGCAGAUAAUAAUGCGGUCGACUGCAACCGCAGGCAAAAACCGCCUGCAGCUGCAAUCUGUGGCUCGUCUCGGAUUUGUACCCUUAGGAUGUUUGUGUUAGACAUUAUAGUUUAUAGAUUUCGAUGAAAUUUGUCAGUUGGUACACAGAUAAAACAAGUAUUAAUAUAAUAUUACGUAUAUGUCAUAUUUUAUUGUAGAAAAGUGUACUCUGAGACUUUUAUUUUCGCAAAUAACAAUAGCAAAA